CACCAGUCUACCGGAGGUUGCUUUUUCCGCCUUAAUAAAUUAUUUAUUUAUUUAAUAUAAAUCUCAUCUGAUCUAAUCUAAUCAUCUCUCUGGUCAAAAGCAUCUGGGGUGUUUGCAAGUGAAAGUAAACACAAAAAUGAUGAGAAGAAGAGAUUUUCAUAUGUACUCUGCAUUACUAAUACUUGUGUUAUUCAGUUUCACUGAUGAAACAGUGACAACUUCAGUGACUGAUGAUGAUAUCAUCUCAAGAUUCCAACAAUACCUGAAAAUAAACACAGCCCAUCCAAACCCCAAGUACUAUGAAGCAGCUGAUUUCAUACUGUCUGAAGCAAAGGCUUUGUCUUUAGAAUCACAGUCAAUUGAGUUUGUGAAAGGGAAGCCCCUUGUUAUACUCAAGUGGCCUGGAAAGGACACAACUUUACAGUCCAUUCUGCUGAAUUCACACACUGAUGUUGUCCCUGUUGAGGACCACAAGUGGGUACUGCCCCCUUUUGAGGCCCGUGUCGAAAAUGGGAAUGUUUAUGCUAGAGGGUCUCAGGAUAUGAAGUGUGUAGGGUUGCAGUACUUGGAGGCCAUUAGGAAGCUUAAAGAUUCGGGCUUUAGGCCUUUACGCGAUGUUUAUUUGUCGUUUGUGCCUGAUGAGGAGAUUGGAGGGCAUGAUGGGGCUGAAAAGUUUGCGAAUUCGGAGGUUUUUGAGAGGAUGAAUGUGGGGAUUGUGUUGGAUGAGGGGUUGCCGUCGACUAAUGAGAAGUAUAGAGUGUUUUAUGCUGAGAGGUCUCCAUGGUGGCUGGUUAUUAAGUCUACUGGUGCUCCUGGACAUGGUGCUAAGCUUUAUGAUAAUACUGCUAUGGAGAAUUUGUUUAAGAGUAUUGAGAGUAUUAGGAGGUUUAGAGGUGCUCAAUUUGAUUUGGUUAAGGCCGGGUUGACGGCUGAAGGCGAGGUUGUUUCCGUAAAUAUGGUAGCCCUCAAAGCUGGCACUCCGUCUCCAACUGGUUUUGUCAUGAAUCUCCAGCCAUCUGAAGCUGAGGCUGCUUUUGAUAUUCGAGUGCCACCAACUGCUGAUCAAGCUUCCUUGGAGAGACGAAUUGCUGAAGAAUGGGCGCCGACUUCACGUAACAUGACAUUUGAGUUUAAGCAGAAGGUUUCCGCAUAUGACAAGUUUGGACAACCUAUCCUCACAGCUACAGAUCAAUCCAAUCAUUGGUGGUCACUAUUAGAAGAUGCAAUCGCCAAAGCUAAUGGGAAACUUGAAAAGCCCGAGAUUUUUCCUGCCUCAACAGAUGCUCGUUACUUUAGGGAUCGAGGUUUACCAGCAAUUGGCUUUUCUCCCAUGGCAAACACUCCUAUUCUCCUUCAUGACCACAACGAGUUUCUGAACAAGGAUGAAUACCUGAGAGGAAUCGAGAUUUAUGAGUCCAUAAUCAAAGUGUACGCAUCUUUUGGUGAUACAAAAGAUAGCACCAGAGACGAGCUCUAAGAAAUUGGUAGGUUUCUUUAUGAUUUGUGCUAUAUGACUAGGACAAACUUGAUGAAAAUAAUAUGUGUAUUGUAUAAAAAAUAAGUUGUCAGGAUACCAGGUAUUUCCAUCAUUUUGUAAUGGAGCUUGCUGAUCACUGCUGUGAAAUAGCCAAGAGAAUUUUGACAUCA